CCCUUUUCCAGCAACAGCUGACACGAGGUACAAAUCCGGGGCUUUCAUUCCCACGGCGGGGGGAAGGGUGUUGCCUGCUUCCGGAGGAACAAUUGUUCCUGGUGGCCACGACGACCACGCUCUGCCAGGCGUGAACGCAACGCAUGGGAGGUGUCCGAGCGGAUCAUCUUCAGGAUUCUCGUCGUCGACCUGGUUUGGCACAGGCGGGGUGAAGAAACCGCCGUCGUCAAGUGGAGGGGCAGUGAAGCAGCCUGCAGGAUGUACAACUCGAGGUACCGCUUCUUCUUCACAAAGCAGACAGGGUACUAGUACCGGCAGGAACGAAGCAAACACUAGUACCUUGAGUCCCAGGAGCCUCCGGCUUCGUCAGCAGCAGGGCCUUGAUAAUGCCGCUGCAUCAACGGGAAUUAAUACACCAGCUGAGGGGUCUGCUUCGGGUCUGCACGGCUACGAAGAUGCUGAAUUUUUUCAUCCCACCACGACAUCGGAAGAGCAGCAGCAGCUCCAGGUCCGGGGCUUGAACGGCAACCUGAUUGCCGUGAUUCCGAAAGAGAUUUGGAAAAAUUGGACAAUAAGGGAAUUGAAGGACAAGUGGGUACAGUACUUAACAUCGCAAGGUUUGGACCUGCUGAAGAACCUGGACAUGCACUUCGAAUUGUCACUAGCCCUGCCCUCGUCUUCAGUGUUGGAUAACGAUUUUUAUGCAGAAGGAGGUGCAGCAGCAGCAUCUAGUAGUAAUGUUUCACGUCGUCGUGGUCCUGUUUCCUCCGAGGCGAUCAACGACCACAAAUACCUCGUGGAUGAAUUGUUGGUCGUUGAAGACGUGCAGGUCGCCGACGAAGAGCCACUUCCGACAAUUGAAAUAGACACGGGGAAGGGGGUGGAAGGACCACCGCGACCGCCAGCACAGCCAAGUGUGGGUCCUCGUUCUCCGGGAACUACGACUAGUAGCAAUAGCAGGAACAUCGAAAUCCAAGCCCUCGUCACCCGGAACCACCAACCCUGGAUGGUGUUACUGGAUUUGCUGGAAAAAAACCUCUAUCCUGUGCAAAAGUAUCGUACUCGAAGUAAUUGCAUUCAUGCAUUACAAAUUAAGGCAAAUCAGCACUACAAAUUCAAUUUGUAAUGCUGAGCAAAUUUGUCAUGCGAUUUAUACUAGUACGAUGCUUUUGCAGUUCAUAACCUCGACUUCUACACCGAUUAUGAUGCGUCCCAGCGGUCGGUUCUAAUACAGGACGAGAAACACGUAUGGAAGUGUCAAAAUCGAAAUUGACAAAAUGGAAAAGUAGCCAGUUAGACCCACAGUUUGUAGUCGGCGCAUGACAAAUUUUCCCCGUUCUGGAAGCGAAUCUGUCAUGCGGUUUAGGGCAAAAGAGCUGCCGUCUGUCAUGCUAGUCGGCAGCCCAUGCCCAGCAUUUGACCCGUAUACCAGGACUAUAAUCCGCCUUCCUUGCAUCCUCUGCAAUAGCGUCGCUUUUUCUGUAGCAUUUUAUGCAUUACAGACAAUUUCGACUUUGUCGAUUUCGGUCCUGACACUCCCAUAACACAUUGUAUGUGGUUCGAAUGUGAUCAAAACGGAACUGUCCGUGAAUAUGGAGAAGAUUUGCAAAAAGUUCCGGUUUCUGAAGGAUGAGGAAGCGCGGGCGGUUGAGGCGCGGUACGAGGCGGGUUUGAACACGGGGGAACAGUACGGACUCGAGAACAAUAGAAACCACGGCCAUGAUAGCCAGUUCUGGGGCGGGAGGUUCUUCGAGUCUCGAAUGACGUACCAGCUUAUCACAGCAAGAAGUGUUAACGUUAAUGGAAUCUGUGAUGCAGUAAUGCAUCACAGAACGCGCCAAAUUGAAAUUUGUCAUGCAUAGCAUGCAUUCUAGGCAAAAUUUGUCAUGCAUAUUUGCAAUCUAUGAAAACCGUUUAUGUAAACACUUUUUUGUUUGAUACAGCUGGAUCAUUUGCCUGGAUUUUCAUCAGGAGCAAACAACGAUAGCGGUAAUGACGACGACAACGGUAUCUUCGAACUAGAACAAGAGGAACGGGAAAGCGAGAGACACGCCGCCGCGCAACUCACUUUGAAGGAGCAGCUGAAAAAAUUUGUGGAACGGCGACAGUUGUAUGGGAAGAAAAAAGAGUUACAGUUACACACUGUGUUGCAAGACCAGCAACACUGCCAACGUUUCUCUUGCAGGAAAUGCUUUGGAUCUUCAUUUCCUUCCUGUUUUCCCUUUUGAUCUUUGCAUUGCAAGUUUUCUCUGUUAUGCAGAGAAAACUUGUGAUGCUGAAGUUACAGCAUCAGCAAAUGUGUAACUGUACCACUUUUUUCGUGGGAUAAGUUGGUAAAGAAAGCGACUAGUUGUACCCCCGCACAACAAGAACAUGGAUCAUCGGCAGAGCAUCAGCAUCAACAGCAAAUUCCCUCUCGUCCUAAUACGGCACUGCACACGGACAAACAUCUUGGGUACUUUCUGGAUUUGCUGGAAGAUUUGAUGAGCCAAAAAUACUACGCAUUGCAAAUCUGUCUGGUUCUGGAAACAUGGAACUUGUAAUGCUAGUCCUACAUUCCUGCAUAAUCUGUGUUGCAUGACUAACAAAAAAGACGCCCCUUUUGGUCAUACAAAAGCGCAGUUUCUACUCAUGCGGACUAAACAUGAGAGAGCGUAGUUCUGCAAACUUGUCAUGCUUGGCUGCAUUGGCAAGUAUUUCAGUCAUCCACAGAUCAGCAUCACAAGUUUCCAGAUCCAGACAUAUUUGCAUUUGAUAAAUACGAUGGCAUGCAGGACUUUGGGAUGCAGCAAGUCAUGUCAAAGCUGAAACUCGAGGAAGAGCUGGACCUGCAGACCUCACGGUCAUCAGUGCAAGCAGGGCAGCGGCUAUGACAGUGCACAACUUCUCCCCCUCCCCCUCAUUUGUAUUGCAUGGACAGCAAUACAAGCAACCGCAGAUAUGCGGCUUCCGCAUGACAAAUCUGGAAGAUACGGUAGCUUGUAGUACUGUUUAAGGUUGUCUAAAAAUUUGGCAUGCAGAUAGUGUGUAGGGGCAGGACGUAGAUUUGGUAUUUUGCAUGACAAACGAGGGGGAGUUGUGCACUGUCAUACCGGCCAUUCGUUCCAAGAUCCAAGCAUUACACGGUGUUGCGGAUCCGGUUGAACUCCGUCGUUUCGCCGAAUUUGUCAAAACUCGUGUCAACAACUCCUUCCCCUCCUGCAGUGGAGGUCGCAGCAGCUGCACAUCAAGCUGGACCUACGGCAACACCUCCCAAGGCGGCUCCGACUUCUCAGCAGGACAAUGCUAAGCCUUACCUCGAUCAUUUCGAGUACUUGACCGCCGAAACGCCGCAAAAGCCCGACCCCCGGUUCCACCACGCCAACCGAUUUUUCGAGCUCCGCAACGACCGCGAGGGCAGUUUCACGUCCCCCCCGGGGUACGUGUUUCGCAGGAGGGGGAUUUUCGUCGACGUCGGCGAGAGGAAUCAGCUGGAGUUUGAGUUGCGGAUAACCCACAACGCGUAUUCGAACGUAGUGUUGCCGUUUCUUGAAAGCCGCGAUAGUGCCCGAGCGGCAGAGAAUUUCAUGAAAUUGGUGCAACAGAUGAAAAUGCCGGUGAACUUGGAACUGAUUGUGCAUUUGAGUAGGAAGGAGAAGACGGAUGGUUCUGGUUCUGCCGCAGCAACACAAACAAUUCUUGCAGAUGAACAACCCGCUGAUCAACUACAUGAUGUUGAAACUGUCGAGCGGGAGCCGGAUGUUGGUGUUUAUUUUGAGCAAAGCGUGAACAUGCACCGAGUGAACUCGUCCGGCGGUCCACUGCAAAGUGCGGUCAUUGUGACGGACGGGAUUUGAGGGAAGAUUUAAGCGGAACUGUGGUACUAAGUACAACAACCUGGUUGAUGAUGUUACAGGAAAAACAGUUCGUGGUUGAGGAUGCACUUCUCAGGAGUACUAUGUAGAAAUCAGUGCUCGCUGCACAGCGUUAACAAAUAGCAUGCAAGUCCACUAUAGUUAGAUGUUGUACAAGACGCUCAUAUCAUGUUAAUAAUGACAAAAUGAAAAUUCUGCAAAGGUUUCCUUUAGUGCAACAAUGCAAGCGUUCGGACAAAGUUCCUUGUCGCUCUACUUUGAUACGGUUGCAGCUAUGAU